UUGUCUUAGACACACACGACACUCUUAUAAAAUUCGGUGCGCCUGGCUAACGGAGCGCAGUCGCAAAACGGCAAUCGCAACGCUCAGACGUGUCGCGCGAUCGGCUAGAAAGUGAAUUUGUCUAGCAAACAGCAGCUGCAGCCACCGAAAGUGUAUCACAACAUUCCCCCAGCUUGCCAUGUUCCGAAUCCUCGUCGGAGUGACUUGUGCGCUCCUUUGGCUGGAAGCGAGUCAGGCUCUAGCACCUGGGCUACAGGUGGCCAAGCAGUGGAAGCUCCUACGCUAUAAUUUCCAGCCCCAGGCGCCGAUCAACGAUCCCAACUUCUUUAGUCCCCAAAAUGUUUUGAUCACGGGAGUCGCAGUAACGGACGAUCGCAUCUUUGUGGCCACGCCGAAGCUCUUUUCGGGCGUAUCCUCCACUGUAAGUUGGGUGUCUAAGGCGCAGUUCGGGGACUCCCCCACCCUGCAAGCCUUCCCCGACUGGUCCUUCUCCAACACCGGUCGCAGUGACUUCAACUGCAGCGAUCUAAUCCUGACCUCUGUGUACCGCCUGCGCGUGGACUCGUGCAAUCGCAUUUGGCUGCUGGAUGCCGGAGUUUCACGCUCCCUGGAGGACUUCGAGAUCACCUGCCCGCCAAAGAUCCUGGUGGUGGACUUGGCCACGGAUCGAGUGGUGCGCAGAAUCGAUUUCCCUCCGGAGGUCCUGCGUGGGGAGUCCCUGUUCACCAACAUGGUGAUCGAUGAGACAACGGCCAAGGGAUGCGACGAUGUGUUCGUCUACAUCACGGACACCGUGGAGCCGGGCAUCAUAGUUUACGACAGCGGAAAGGACGUUACCUGGCGGGUGUCACACCCGGCCAUGUAUCCCGAUCCGGACUUUGCCCAGUCGGAGAUCCACGAGCACCGUUUCGUGUUGAUGGACGGAGUGGUAGGACUGACCUUUGACGAGCGCACUGGCGUGGUGUACUUUCAGCCUCUGGCCACGGAUAGAGUCUUCUCCGUACACAAAAAUGUCCUGCGAGCGGGUCCUCUGCCCGAUAACAAAAUGCUGGACGUAAAACUGGUGGGCAAGAAGAGCUCCCAGGGCAUUGGUCUUUCGGUUUCGCCGUUCGACAGCAGCCUAAUCUUCAGCCCGCUGAGCGAAACAGCGAUUGCCUCAUGGAAUCCGACGACCAAUCAGCAAUCCGUGCUGGCCUACGAUAAGGAUCAACUGCAGUUCGUGGCCGAUAUAAUCACCACUAGGUCGGAACCGGGCGUUAUCUAUGCCAUCUCUUCAAAGUUCCAUCGAUUCUUCCUGAAGAACCUAAAUCCCAGUGAGUAUAACAACCGCAUUGUCCGACUGGAGCUGCCCGCCGGAAACUCCCUACUGGGCCAUCGGGUAGCCCUGCCUCCCCCGCCGACGCACAACAGCCUGCUGAACUACGGCGUCUACAAUACCCAUGCCCAGACCUCGACGAAUGCCCUGCAAACCUACUUCACCAGUCCGGGCCUGACCACGCCCUUCACUACCAAGACGCCCUUUAAGUUUGAAACCGGCGGGAUCGUAAACUAUGCCGCCCGCAAUCCCUUUACGGCCCUUAACCAGGGCGAGGCCUUUCCGCCCAGCAAGGCCACCAGGGACAACUAUCAGCGCUCCUACCUGGACACCCUGGUGGGCACCACAGCUCCGGGGGCCACUACACGGGUGGUUUCGCUGCCACCCACAGCCUACACCACACGACACAGUGGUUACUACUAUCAGCGGGCCACGAGAUCGGCGGGACAGCAGUAGGAAUGGCUGAACCAGCUCUUAACUUGUGUUCACGCUGCGUAUGCGCAAUGCGAAGAGCAGCCGAUGUAAAUAAAUCUCCGUAAAUGUAUAUUGAUUAAAUUACUUUAAAGAAAAA